AUGGUCUCCGCCACGCUGCAGAGUGCCCACAAGGUCUUUGCUACUUCCAGGCAUGUACACAAAGUGGCUGCAAAAGCUGUGGAGAAGGGCGCUUUGGAAGAGACCGUCACCGGCAGUUUUGCCUCUUUUAUCCACGGCAUCCGCCCGCAUCACCUCUCCGAGGUGGUCCGUCAUCGGAGCAAGCGGAUGGUCCUCGACAGCAUCGGGGUGGGGCUGCUGGGCAGCACAAGCCCCGUCUUUGAGACCACCCUGCGGUAUUGCCAGGAAAUGUUCGCUUCCAACCCCACCAGCUCCAUCUACGGAAGGAGGGGCUUAAAGCUCUCUCCCCCUCUGGCGGCUUUUGUCAACGGUGUGGCGGCUCAUUCGAUGGACUUUGAUGACACUUGGCACCCUGCCACUCACCCUUCGGGAGCCGUCCUGCCAGCUCUUCUGGCCACCUCCCAGAUGCUGCCAGCCGCUUCCCGGCCCAGUGGACUCAACUUCCUGCUGGCCUUUAAUGUGGGCAUCGAAGUGCAAGGCCGGCUCUUGGGCUUCUCCCGUGAAGCUCAUGACAUCCCCAAGAGGUUCCACCCUCCCUCCGUGGUGGGGACCCUGGGCAGCGCCGCCGCCACCGCCAAGCUCCUUUCCCUCGGCCCCGCCCAGUGUGGCCACGCCUUGGCCAUCGCGGCCUCCCUGGCGGGGGCCCCCAUAGCGAAUGCAGCAACCUCAGCCAAGCCCUUCCACGUUGGCAAUGCCGCCCGCCUUGGCCUGGAAGCGGCUCUCCUGGCAGCCCGAGGGAUAGAGGCCAGUCCACUGAUUCUGGAUGAUGAUCCUGGCUGUGCCGGGUUCGGUGCCUUCUACGGCGACUACCAGCCCAGGCCGCUCACCCUGCCGACCGACGGCCACGAGUUCCUCUUGGAGAAGCAGGACAUUGCCUUCAAGAGCUACCCGGCCCAUUUGGGAAUGCACUGGGUGGCGGAGGCGGCCCUUUCGGCCAGGAGCCUCCUAGUCAAUUGUUCUGGUGCCUUCUCCCCCUCCGCCAUCCACACCAUCCUCCUGAGAGUCCCUGCCUCCAAGUACAUUAACAGGCCAUUCCCUGCAAGCGAGCACGAGGCCAGGCAUUCGUACCAGUUCAGUGCCUGCACCACCCUCUUGGACGGCCAACUGGGCCUGUCGUCCUUCAGUGAGGAGAACCUCCGCCGGGAGCAGCUGAGGGAGCUCCUCUCCAAGGUGGUGGUGGAGCACCCGGAGGACAAUGUGGCCAACUUUGACAAGAUGUAUGCAGAAGUGGCCGUGGUCCUGCCGAACGGGGACAUCCUGACCGGCCGAUGCGAUACUUUCCACGGGCACUGGAGGAAACCCUUGGGCAGAGAGUCACUCCUGCAGAAAUUCCGAUCGAAUGCCUCUCGGGUGCUUCCGGAAGGCCACGUAGACAGCAUUGUCGAAACCGUGGACAACCUGGAGAAGCUCUCGGAUGCUUCUCUGCUGGCUUCCCAGCUGUAA